AUGGCGGCUGGACAUAGAGCUAUCGUUAGAGAUCGUAUGUUUCUGAGGCAAGUGCCACGUCCUCGUGUUUUUCGCGAUAGGAGUAACCCUCUGGAGGACCUACGGGAAGAGGAGAUAUUUGCUCGUUAUCGUUUCCGGCCGGAUACGAUCUACUUCAUUGUUGAUUUAUGCCAGGCAGCUGCCCGGGACACAGGCAGAUGUUUCGCAAUACCUUUGGUGUUGUGCGUUUUAAGCUAUCUGCGAUUUUUGGCAACAGGAGCUUUCCAGUUGACUGUCGGUGACACUGUCAACCUGAGCCAGCCCACAGUAAGCAGUUUGCCGCCAGGCUUUCCCAACGUUGUCGGGGUAAUUGAUUGCACCCAUGUUUCGAUAAAGAAGCCAUCGGCCAAUCCAGAGGAUUACAUUGGGAGGAAAGGAAUUCCUACAAUAAAUGUUCAGGCUGUAUGUGAUGCCUCAUAUAGGAUUACAUCAGCAGUAGUGAUGUGGCCAGGGAGGACACACGAUGCACGAAUCUGGCGCCAAUGUGCACUCCGAAGGAGGUUUGAAGACGGUGAUAUGCAUGGGUUUUUACUUGCUGACAGUGGGUAUGCCUGUACAAGGUAUAUGUUAACCCCCUACAUGAAUCCUGUGAGAGAGGCACAGGCACGUUACAAUGGGGCACUGUGUCGCACAAGGGUCACUGUUGAGCAAACCUUUGGAAUUUUGAAGCAACGAUUUCAGGUACUUCGGAGGAAGUUGAAUUGUUAUCCAGAAAGGGCAUGUAUGCAUAUCAGAAACUGCAUCACAUUGCACAAUCUGGGGAUCGAUCGGAGGGAUAUCGUUGCUGUUGACCCAAUUGACCCCAAUGAUAACCCCCAUUAUCAUAGAGUUGAUGUUGGGGACAACAUGGAUGGGAGGGCCGCCAGGGAGUACGUGACCAGAAUGUACUUUGAGCGAUAG